AUCUGUGUUAAACAGCUGAUGCCUGAUAACCUAAUAGAUAUUUCAUUAAAAAUAUAAAGUAUAAACAGGUACUUGGAAGUAAGCAAUGUGCGGAAGCUAAAUAGAACAAUACAAUGUUUUUUCCGAGACAUUUAAACACAAUUAAAAGAUUAUUAACAACAGUUACUAAAAAUGUCGCUUAUCCUCAUGAAAAAUUUGACCAUGUAUUUUCUUUUCCCUCCAUGGGCUAUUUCGCUUUAUUAAAUAGAUUAAAGAUAUAUCAUGUUUUCGGUUCUUGUAUAAUUUUACCUAGUGUUGGAUUAAUGGAAUUUUUAUCUGUAAUGCCUGAACAGAGUUUUUUUGCAGGAAGUUACAUAGGUGUAACUGGUGGGAUUGUGCUUUCAGCAGUUACAUAUCCAUUUAGAAACCUUAUAGGACAUAUAUACAUAAGUGAAGAUAACAGCUUAAUUAAAAUAUCAUCUGUAGACUUUUAUGGAAGAAGAAUAGAUAGAAUUAUUAAGGCAGAAGAAUGGAUACCAUUGCUAGAAAUGCAACCAAAAACUAGUGAUGCAUUUUAUUUAUCACCACAAUUGACAGAUGGCACAAAGUAUAAAUUGUUAAUAAAAUUUGGCACUAUUAAGAAUGCCAAGAAAAUGGGUCAAGUUUUGGAAUGAUAAUAUAAUUAUAUAGAGCUCUAACUUGUAGUGCUACGGCUCUCAAUAUUUUAUAAGAAUCUGUAAAUGACUACACAAACAAUAAAGUAAUAACUGUUA